CAGUGGCCGGUCGCCAAGGAAACGAACCACCCGCCCGGCGGCCACGCCUCUCCCCGGACGCUCCUGUCUCCUCAUUAGCUGUUGCCCUGAAGGACUGACUUCCCUCCCGAGGGAAAUUCCUGAAACCCAACGGUUGACAAACCCACACGCCCUGGGGAGGGCUGGGCGCCAGAUAAAAGCCCUGGGCGGCCGCGUGGGGACCACGGCCAGCUCAGGACCGCCCACCGGCUCUGCUCCCUCCUCCCGGCGGGUGGCCGGAGCUCCCGUCCUCUGCCCGCGGUGGGCGCGGGGUCUGCACCCAGGGAACACCAGCGGGAGUUUUCUGGUUUGCUCUCAGCUCUCCCGAUGAUCUAUUCCUGUCUUUCCUUUGGGAAAAACGCGCUUUGCCCAUGACUAAUCUCGGCCCCGCCGAGAUGAUAUCAGCUGUCACCUGCGGGGCGGGACCACAGCCCAGGUGUGAGACAGAGUGAGGCUGCAGCCCCACCUGCCAGCACCACCUGAGCCCCGUCCCCGCCGGGCGCCGCUGUCCCUGCGCAGGCCCCGGGGAUGUGGCCACCGCAGUGACCGCCGGGGCGAGGCCGCCCUGGAAGGGCCGAGCCAGGCGUGCGAGGAGCGGGUGCCUCCCGGUGCGGGCGUGUGUGGAGCCCCUGGAUGGAGCUUGGGAGCCGGGGCCCCUCAUGUCUGUCCUGCUGACUCUGUGCGUCGUGCUCCUGGCCCUGGCGACCCCGGGCCGAGGCGCCGGGCGAUGGGAGCCCUGCACGGACCUGCGGCCCCUGGACAUCCUGGCAGAGGCGGUCCCUCCUGAUGGCACUGCGGUCGGGGUCACGGUGACACAGGUCCAAGGUGCACGAGGACUUCAGCUCUCAGCCGCUGCCCCCCACGACCUGAGCUUUCCUGCGUCAAGGAUUUUCUUCAGAUGCGACCUCUUCCCGGAAGAAUUUUCCAUCGUCGUAACCUUGAAAGUUCCCAGUCUCCCCCCUAAGAAGAACGAGUACCUGUUCACGGUGGUGUCGGAGGAGCGGGACUCGCUGCUGCUCGGCCUGCGCUACUCGCCCACCCAGCUGCACUUCCUCUUCCUCAGGGAGGACGGGGCGCGCGCCUGGCAGACCCGCGUGUCCUUCCGCGGCCCGGCUCUGACGGACGGCCGGUGGCACACGCUGGUCUUGGCCGUGUCCGAAGGCUCCUUCUCCCUCACCAGGGACUGCGGCCUCCCCGUGGACAUAAUGGCUGAUAUGCCCUUCCCGGACACCCUAUCGGUGCAAGGAGCCCGGUUCUUCAUCGGCAGCCGGAGGAGGACCAAAGGCCAGUUCACGGGCCUGGUGAGGCAGCUGGUCCUGCUGCCCGGCUCAGACGCUACCCUGAGGCUCUGUCCCUGCAGGAAUCCUGAGCUCGCCCUGCUGUCCAUCCCCCCUACCCUGCGGGGACUCACGGGGAAGCCGGAGGAUAGUGAGGUGCUAAAGUACCCCUAUGAAACCGACAUGAAGGUGACGCUGGGAUCCCGGCCGCCGUGUACCAAAGCGGAGGACGCCCAGUUCUGGUUUGACGCCGGCCGCAAGGGGCUAUACCUGUGCGUGGGCAGCGAGUGGGUCUCCGUGUUAGCAGCCAAAGAAAGGCUGGAGUACGUGGAGGAGCAUCAGAGCCUGUUCACGAACUCAGAAACACUGGGUAUCGAGGUCUUUGUCAUCCCUGGGGCCGGGCUCUUCGUGGACACUGCCAACCGGAAAACCACGUCCGCCAUCUACAAAUGGGCCGACGGGAAGUUCUCCUCGUACCAGGACAUUCCCACGCACCAAGCACAGUCCUGGAGACAUUUCACCAUUGGAAAAAAGAUCUUCCUGGCUGUGGCUAAUUUUGAACCGAAUGAAAAGGGUCAGGAGUUCUCUGUCAUUUACAAAUGGAGCCAGAGAAGGCGGAGGUUCACACCGUACCAGAGGGUCCUCACCCACGGCGCCCGAGACUGGGAGGCCUUCGAGGUGUCCGGGGAGCACUUCCUGGCCGUGGCCAACCACCGGGAAGGCAGCGACCACAACAUCUACAGCGUCAUCUACAAGUGGAGCCCAGGGGCCCGGCUCUUCGAGGCCAACCAGACCGUCGCCACGUCGGGCGCCUGCGACUGGGAGUUCUUCACGGUGGGGCCCUACGCCUUCCUGGCCGUGGCCAACGCCUUCAACGGCACGUCCACGCAGCUGCAGUCCCACCUGUACGUGCGGCUGGGCGGCAGCUUCCAGCUCUUCCAGUCCUUCCUGACGUUUGGCGCCGCAGACUGGGAGGUUUUCCACAUCGGGGAGAGGGUGUUUCUUGCCGUCGCGAAUAGUCACCGCUACGACGUGGAAAUGCAAGUGCAAAACGACUCCUACGUCAUCGACUCCGUCAUCUACGAGCUGAACGUCACCGCGCAGACGUUCGUCAGGUUCCAGGAGAUCCGCACCUGCAGUGCUCUGGACUGGGAGUUCUUCUCAGUGGGAGAAGACUAUUUCCUGGUGGUUGCAAACUCCUUCGACGGAAAUACCUUCUCAGUAAACAGUAUUAUUUACAGGUGGCAGGGGUAUGAAGGCUUCGUGGCUGUGCACAGCCUCCCGACCUUCGGCUGCAGGGACUGGGAGACCUUCCGCACUGCUGCCGGCUCCUACCUGGUCUACUCCAGCGCCAAGGAGCCGCUGUCCCGGGUGCUGAAGCUGAGGACAGGGUGAUGGGCCCAGGGACCCAGGAAUGGGACCCACCUCGCCGCACCCCAGAACCUCACCUGAGAAGGAGCCUCCGGGGACGGGGACGAGCCUGGGAGAAGCUGUGGCUUCCAAAGCCACCACCUCGCCGCCCCUGGCUCUUGUCUAGCCGAGGAUGUUUUCACUUCCACCCCGGUAACCAUGGUGGCCGGACUCAUGUGGCUCUGUGGGUGUCCAGGUGGAAGGCCAGAGCUGCUCCUGCAAGUCUGGUGUCCUGCAGGGAUUUCGCUUUAAAGGAAAAGUUCAUACAAAGUUUUACCUCAAAAACAGCGGAGCCUGGUCACCUUCCCGUGGUGCCCACCACGUGGCCAGAUGCUCGGCUCUGCUUGGGGAGCCCAGACAUGGGAACCGGCUGGAUGCUGUCUGACGUAUUUGUACCAGCUAUUUGUUGUAUUCUGUCUACACUGAACUGUAUUUAUGGUGCGCUCUACAAAAAGCACCGCUGCGUCUGUGUGUUUCUGGCGGGGACUCGACCCUCAUCGAGAGCAAUCACCGGGCCAUAGCACGCACUCUGCCACCACAGCCCGAUGUGCCCUUGGGUCCCCGGUCACCAACACGCCUCUCCUCUGCAGGAUCUUUUUCCUCCAGCCUCAGUUUACCCAUGAAUGCGGUGGGGUAGGGUCAGGUCAGGAAUCCCAAGGAUGCAUGGCACGGGUCUUGUCUCCUCCUGGAGCCACACCCGUGGGAGACCCCGGGCCGAUGGGACCCUCUUGCCUCUGCACCCAGGCUGGUAUCCCCGGUCAUCGUGGCUGGCCUUGUGGGUGCACCGGACGGACUUGCACUGCCAGUGCUCGCCCAGCUCCUCCCAUGUCCAAUGCCCUGAGCCUACACCAGGCCUGGGCCUUCUGCCUCCCUGGGAUGGCUGCUAGGUGUGACAUGACACCACCCCAGGAGCCUAGGGGAGGUGCCAUCACCACCGGGAAGCCUCCUCGGUGGAAGGGGAAUUCUCCAUGCCAGGAGCUUUGCUGCCAAGACCCUGUGGGGUCCACAUCCAGCCAGGAGACCACGGGGCAGUAGCCAAGCCAGGCCUAUUCCAUUACCCAGGCCCCGCCUGCUCUAGGAUGGGAUAUAG